AGAAGCCUUAUAAAUGUUUGGAAUGUGGAACAUGUUUUAGAAAAAAGUAGGCAACUUACUUCCCAUGAAAGGAUUCACACUGGGGAGAAGCUCUACAAAUGCAGAGACUGUGGUAUCACAUUCAGAAGAUGGAAUAAUCUUAUUUCCCAUAAAAGGAUCCACUCAGGAGAGAAACCAUAUAAAUGCAUGGAGUAUGGAAAAACCUUUGCUCAAAGAGGUAAUCUUAUUUGCCAUAAGACGAUCCACACAGGGGAGAAGCCGUAUAAAUGCAUGGAGUGUGGGAAGACCUUUGCUCGAAGUGGUCAUCUUAGUUCCCAUAUGAUAAUCCACACAGGGGAAAAACCGUAUAAAUGUAUGGAGUGUGGAAAGACCUUUGCUCACAGUGGUCAUCUUAGUACCCAUAUGAGAAUCCACACAGGAGAAAAGCCAUAUAAAUGCAUGGAGUGUGGGAAGACCUUUGCUCAAAAAUGUAAUCUUAUUUCCCAUAUCAUGAUCCAUACAGGGGAGAAGCCGUAUAAAUGCAUGGAGUGUGGGAAGACCUUUGCUCGAAGAGGUACUCUUAUUCGACAUAAGAUGAUCCACACAGGGGAGAAGCCGUAUAAAUGCAUGGAAUGUGGAAAGACCUUUGCUCGUAGCAGUUGUCUAAGAAUACAUGAAACAAUCCACACAGGGGAGAAGCCGUAUAAAUGCAUGGAGUGUGGGAAGACCUUUGCUCAGAGAGGUGGACUUUGGUACCACAACAAGAUUCACACAGGAGAGAAACCAUAUAAAUGCAUGCAUUGUGGAAAGACAUAUGCUGGGAA